GCUCAGGCAAAGUCUCCCUCAUAACCGCAACUUUCAAUCAUUGUUACUCUUUACGUUGCACUGUUGAUGAUCAUGGGGAAACCAAGGCGAAAGGCACUUUGGCGCAGGUUUCUUCAACUCGGAACAGCACCCCCGGAAGUGACGAAAUGGCGGCACGUCAAUGGCGACGCUCUCGAGAUGCAAACUCCUCUUACGGCGCAAAACAUAGAGAGUCGCCAUAGCAGUAGCACCGCGAGCGAAUUGAUCGAGAGAAGCGUUGUCAGUCGCACACUAGGACGAUUGGUGGGCCCUCGAUUCGUAGGGUGGCGACUCGGCGUACUACACUUUGGAAUUUGGGUUUCGAUUGUCUUCGUGCUUAAUCUCACCGCGACGAUAUGGGCCUCUUUAGCUACUAGGAAAGACAGAGGUGUCCUUUUCGAGGGCGAGUGUGUUUUUACAAAACAGCUAAACACUGGACUGCAUGUUCUAAUCAACCUGCUGAGUGCAAUUCUCUUAGCUGGGUCCAACUACACCAUGCAAUGCAUGUCUUCACCCACACGACAAGAAAUCGAUCGGUCGCACGCGCUAUCACGUUUUCUUCCUCUCCAGAUAGGUAUUCCAGGUAUUCGAAAUCUCACCAAGAUCGGACGCCACCGAGCAAUACUAUGGUGUCUUCUAGGAGCUUCCUCUCUCCCCUUGCACCUAUUCUACAACUCUGCAAUAUUCAGCUCCCUUUCUUCCAAUAGCUAUUAGGCGAUAUCAACGAGCGAGUCUUUUAUUACAGACUCAAGCUGUCUGAACUGUCCUGAGAUGACCGGGGAAUUUCCUUCCGUACUGCAUCGUCUUUGGAACAAUGCAAGCACCGGCACGCUCGAAAGGCUUGAUCCCGCCGAAUGCAUAGCCAGGUACGCAACGAGUAUUCAAUCCGCUCAGCGCAACGUCCUGCUUGUUGCCAGCGAUGACCAGGUCCUGCCUCCGAAUGAGAAC